AAAAAAAAAGACAUUAGAAAAUAGUUAGAAGGAAGAACACCAAGCUUUAUUAAAACGCAAAAACAUUUGAUUUGUCAAAUGUUAUGGCCAGCAAGGAUUGGCAGUUGUAAAUACUACUUUAGAUUCUGCAGUUAAAGCCAUUUUCUUUCUCUUUGAAACCCCACGAAAAUGGUGUCAGAAAACCCGAAUGCUUCAGAGGCUAUAUACUUGGAACCCUUAGCAGAUUCGGUGGAGGACCCUGCCAAGAAGACACGCAAACCAUACACCAUCACCAAGUCUAGAGAGAACUGGACCGAACCUGAGCAUGAUAAGUUCCUUGAAGCUCUUCAACUAUUUGACCGUGACUGGAAAAAGAUUGAAGCUUUUGUUGGAUCAAAAACAGUUAUCCAGAUACGUAGCCAUGCACAGAAAUAUUUUCUUAAAGCUCAGAAGAGUGGGAAAAGUGAACAUCUUCCUCCACCCAGACCAAAACGAAAAGCGGCUCAUCCAUAUCCUCAGAAAGCUUCCAACAACGUUCCAGUACUCUCGCAUGUUUUAGGAUCCUCUCAAUCUUCAUCUGCUUUGCUUGAACCUGGAUCCAUCCCCAAGCAUGAAUCUUCGCCAAUUCUUAAAACUCCUAUACUUAACACUUCAGUUUCUUCCGGGUCAAACAACACUUUGCAGACAACAGCCAAUGUAUUACAUGGUCAAAAAGUGAAUAAUUGUUGCAGCAGCAAUGAAAGCACUCCUAGAGCACGCGUGGUUGGUGAAUCUAAUGGUCAAGGAAAUAAUAACCAUCCAUUGAAAGUUCUUCCUGAUUUCACUCAAGUAUACAGAUUCAUUGGCAGUGUAUUUGACGCAAAUGUAACUGGGCAUCUACAGAAACUUAAAAAGAUGGACCCUUUAGAUGUUGAGACGGUGCUGCUGUUGAUGAGAAACCUGUCUAUCAAUUUAACAAGUCCAGGUUUCGAGGAUCACGCUGCUCGCGUCAUAUGAGGUGGAACCCGAGAUAGAUAAUUAUAUCAAUGUAGAUCAAGCCAUGCAUGAUGAGCAGUUGAAGAGUGCUACUUAGAUGGAGGGGAGGUUGAAUAUAAAAUUGGCUGUUUUUCAUGCAUUUCUGCAUGAUGAGGUAAGAUGCCUCGGCAAGAAAACAAGCUGAGAUUCCAGCAACAGUCUUAUGAUCCUGCUCUAAUUAGUGGCUUAUGUUGCUCAUCGAUCAUCUCAGCUUAACAAGGCUUUUGAUUCCCACAAUUCGAUUCGGUGAUGUAUAUAUUAAUGAAACAUAUUAUAGAAGAAAAUAAUAAUGCUGGACUCUAUAGAUUUCAUAUUUUUGUAAUAUCCGAGACAGUACUAGCAAGUUGAUGACUUUGUAAACAAUAUAUACGUUUGUUUGCCUUAGGAAGGGAAUGCAAUUUCAAAAAGGAUGUAAAAUACUUCAUAUUAAUGUAGUGUUUAUUCUAUUUAA